AUGUAAGUGAAAGAUUUAACAACUUAAAAGGUAAAUCAAACAGAAUUUGGAGGACCAAAUGUUCUUAAAUUAGGAGAAUCCUUAAUACCUAAACCAAAUUAAAACUAAUCUCUAAUUGAGAUUCAUUCAACAUCUAUCAACAGAGCUGAUACACUAUAGAGAUAAGGCAAAUAUCCUCCACCAAAAGGAGUCACAAAUAUUUUAGGAUUGGAAUUUGCUGGCUAUGAACUUGAUACUGAAGGGAAUAGAUUAAGGAGAGUCAUGGGAAUAUUAUCAGGUGGAGGGUAUGCCUAAUAUGUUGCAGUUAAUAAGGAUCAUUUAAUAGAUGUCCCUUCUAACAUACCAUUGGAUGCUGCUGGUGGAAUUAGUGAAAUCUAUUUGACAGCAUAUUUAUAAUAUAAAUUAUCAGAAUUAAAAAAAGGGAACUCAUGUUUAGUGUAUGCAGCAGCUUCGGGAGUUGGCUAAGCUACCUUAUAAUUAUGUAAUCAUUUUGGAGUAAUUGGAAUUGCCAGUUGUUCACAAUUAAAAGUUUAGAAAAUCCAACAAUACACUAAUUAUAUUGUUCAUAGAGAUUAAUCGAUUAAAGAUUAAAUUUCACAGAUUAAAUAGUAUCAACCUUAAGGAGUAGCAGCAGUUUUCGAUUGUGUUGGCCAAUAAAAUUAUCAAAUGACUUUAGAGACCUUAGGUAUGGAUGGUAAAUGGAUUCUCUAUGGUUUAUUGACAGGAGGUUCAAUUGAAAAAUUCAAUCUUGCUCCAUUAUUGGCAAAACGAAUUAAUCUAAUCAAUUCAACACUAAGAUCACGCUCUGAUUAAUUUAAGGCAGAACUUGCUAAGGAUUUUACAAGGACCAUUUUGCCUGUUAUUGAAAAUGGGUAAAUUGCCAUUCCAAUACAAUCUGUUACCAAAGUAUAGUGGAAUGAAGAGGGAAUCAAUUAAAUUAUUCGAUUACAUACAGAAAUGGAACAAAACAGAAAUGUAGGAAAAUUAAUAGUUUCAUUUUAAAAUGAUUGAUUUAAAGCAUAGCUAAAUUUAAAUUUUAUCAUGAUUUUU